AGCGGAGAGGACUUUGCUGUCAGAUCAAAAGUAUCAGAGUUGCAGGAGAUCCGAAAGUGCAUUCUCUUGGUCAGCACAGUGUCCACGGACGGAGUAGGAGCUGGAGAAACAAUCAGAAGCCAGUCGAGGUGGUCUAUAGGAACACAACGCACAGGAAAAGAGUAGGAGGAUAGUGGCAGAAAAGGUGCAACGAGAUAUUUCAAUAGACUUGUGAGCAAUGCACUGGCAGCAUGGCCAGAUGGUUCAAGGAACACCUAGGAUUCAAAACUACCAAAGCACCACCUCCGGCGCCCCCGAAACCGGACUACAGACAUUGUCACGCCGCUGUGACCGGUACGCCUGGCUACCAACAACCAAGCUCCGGGGCCACCUCGCUCUAUCCAAGCCCCGCACAGCCGGACAUUCUUGCUGCUUACAAACUACAAAAGGAACUGGACUUCGAAGACCCGUACACGGGAGGAGGAAAUAUUUCGUUUGGAACUGGUAUGGGCUCUGUGGGGUCGCCGGACAUAAAGUAUGUGUCACCAAAGCACCGGCUUAUAAAGGUGGAAACAAUCGAGAAAAGCAACUCUACUCCGGGCAGCGGUAUCAUAGUCCAAGCUGUUGCUGUUGGGAACGUUAAAUCUCCCACUUCACCACCUCCUGAGCAUGAGAAUAAAGAAAAGCUCAUUAUCCUGGAUGACUAUGCAGACCCAUUUGAUGCAGAGCAGGACGGGGGGACCCAGGCCAACACAGAGAAGGUGACCCAGGCCAGCACAGAGAACGAUGGCUACAUGGAGCCCUAUGAGGCCCAGAAGAUGAUGGCAGGUAGAUCAAUACUCUGUUCUCUCCUGGGGUCUUCAAACCCCCAGCACAUUACAUUUGACAUUUUAGUCAUUUAGCAGACGCUGUUGUCCAGAGUGAGUAGUGAGUGUAUACAAUUUUGUCAGUUAUCAGUUACCGCCUUCAUCCGCCUUUCCAGACGUUUGGGAGAUGGGACUCCUGUAUCCGCCUGGUCAGCCGUUGAGGACUUGUGGCUUUGUAAUUGGAGUGAGUGACUGCCUGCCCGCCAGAGUUUGAGAGCCCAGUCUACCCUAAAUUUUCCCGUAACCCUGGGUGGGGGCCCUAACCGGGUGGUGUCAGCCGGAGCCAGCUGAGCCCGAGGGCAGAGGCGUCACUCUGAGGUAACAUGCAAGGCAGAGCAGAGCAAAGUGAAGCAAAUCAAAGCAUAGCAAAGCAAGCAUGGCAAAGCAAUGCUACCCGCUACCUCUUACUAACUAAUCUCUGGUUGGGUUCAGUGUGGCGUUUUUGUUGGUCAACUCUCUCUGGUAUCUUGGAUUAGCCUUCCAUUCAGCCUCAGCCUCUCUGUGGAAUUACAGGUUACAUGUCUAGUAAUGCAUCUUAGCCUUUGUAGUGUCGAGUCAAUGUUGCUAAUCAUUGCUGUUAAACAAAGGAGUCCGCCCAUACUGAACUUUGAUC